GCCCCGAGGUGUGCCCGUUCACCAGGCUGCGGUGUCAUCCGAAUUCAGGCUCCUGGGGCCCGGGAGGAGGCGACUCUACGGAGCCAGGUGGCUGUGGCCCAUCGCUUUCGAUUUGACUUGGUUUCGGCCUCUCGCUCGGCGGCCCGCCCCGCCCCGCCCCUGCGCUUCCUUCGGGGCCACUGGCACUGCGGCCGCUCCGCAGGCAGAGAAGCCGGGAGCGGGCGAGGCGGCGGCGGCAGCAGCGAUGGCAGGAAAAGAGUUGGAGCGGUGCCAGCAGCAGGCGAACGAGGUGACGGAACUUAUGCGUAACAACUUUGGCAAGGUCCUGGAGCGUGGUGUGAAGCUGGCCGAACUGGAGCAGCGUUCAGACCAACUCCUGGAUAUGAGCUCAACCUUCAGCAAGACUACAAAGACCCUGGCCCAGAAGAAGCGCUGGGAGAACGUCCGUUACCGGAUCUGCGUGGGGCUGGUGGUGGUCGGUGUCCUGCUCAUUAUCCUGAUUGUGCUGCUGGUCGUCUUUCUCCCUCAGAGCAGUGACAGCAGUAGUGCCCCACGGACCCAGGAUGCAGGCACUGCCUCAGGGCCUGGGGACUGACCCAGCUGGUUCUGAAGAAGCCAAAUGGCUGCACUGGCCAAUUCUGGUCUCCAGAGGACCUUGGUGUUUGCUCUCCCUUGACCCACCCCAGUGAGUGCCAAAGGGCAGCCCCAACAUGUGCACCCCUGCAUUUCCUGUCAUGCCACAGACUGGCCCUCGAGGGCAGCCUGCUGUACUGGCCAUGCUGGGCCAGCCCCACCUGGAGCUCAGUAAAAGCUGCUGUUUGAGUAAAA